GACUGCCCGCUGUGCUGCAACGCGUUAGACGCGACGGACCGGCACUUCCGGCCGUGUCGCUGCGGGUACCAGAUAUGCGCGUGGUGCUGGCAUCAGCUGAUGGAGCUCGCGGCGAAGGACGACGGCAAGGGCAAGUGCCCGGCGUGCAGGACGCCGUACGACGAGAGCACGAUACGCUUCGAGCCGCCGGAUCCCGAGGAGCUCGAGCGGUCCGCCGCGAAGAAGAAAAAG